AUGCCAUCAUCAACACUACUCCCCUUCGCAGACACAUAUCUAAGUAGCGAAAUAUGCUACCAAUCUUACUACAACUACACUAAAUACUCUGCUCUAACGCAAGGAGGCUCUGUCCGAAUUCGGCGUGAAAAUCAGAUAAAGAAGGGUGGACGCGAGCGUGUGUCGUCUAAUGGGGGAGUGGAGAGAAUAUAUACCAAAGGAUGGAGUGGUGGUUUGAGUGAGGAACGAAUAUGA